AUGCAGUUCCCAACCACCCCAGUCAAGCGACCAUCAGUCUCCAAGACUGUUGUGGUGGCAGGGGAUUCGGUCGUUAUGAGACCAGCUGGUGGAGUUGGUGCAAGACGGAUCAGUGCACCGAUCCGAGAUGUUCCAUCGGAAAGAAUAGCUCCGGAUCAAGUGGUUGACGCUCCAAGAGCGUGGCGAUCGCGCCGACUCUCUCCAGAGUUGGAUGCGUUCAUCAUGUCCCCACCAACCGUCGUCGCCGCAGCCGCCGCCGCACCAACAAAGGAUAAGGAGAAGAAGAAGACCGUCGAGACGCCACGCCGCCGAUCCACCCAGCUCGUCAGCCAGCCGAAGACGCCCAAAACCCCAGUGAGGCCAGCGAUGUUGAAAAGAGCCAAGAGCUUCGGAAGCUUGGCUCCUCUCAGACCACAUCGAGUGGAAACUCGUAAGGUUCUGAGAGACAUCACCACCGUCCGUCGUCCAGUUCUUCCUUUCUAA